CAUUCAUCAGUGCUUGCUGAACAUUUUUGGAGAUCAACCAGUGGAUGUGAGCACAAUGAAGUGGUGGGUGGUGCAAUUCAGCAGCGGUGAUGGUGGGUCGGCUCUGCUUGUGUAGAUGUUUACAAGUGCAGCAUGCCAAGCUCUUGUUCAUUGCCAGCAAAAAUGCAUAGCUAAUGGUGGUGAUUAUGUUGGAAAAAAAUAGUGUUUUGUAGCUGAGAAUUUGCUGUACAAAACAGUGUUAUUGUAUCUGUUGUAGAUUCCAUGGAAAUAAAUAGAUCACUCCAAAAGCAACGCCUCCUAUGUAGUUCAUUAACUAAGUCUAAAAGUAAACUUCUGCUUUUUUGUAGAUAAGACUGGUGUAUUCCCUUGAAAGAAAACAAGGUUUAUUUCUUACUCCUCUUUAAUCAGUAAAAUUCUCCAGGAAUUUGAUAUAAAAAUAUUAAUCUGAAAGAUUUAAGGAAUAACAAAUGUAAAAUUUUAUCAUAAUUAUUAAUUACAGAUGUCAUUCUUCCAUUUUCUCAUUCACUUUUUAUUUAUUUGUAAGGUUUGGAUGAUCACUUUAAUGAUCUUUAAUUCAUUUUUCAAUCAACUGCUUCAAUUACCUUGCUCCCUUAUGGAUGUCUGUAAGUUUGUUGUGGGUGACUGGGGAAGAGUGUUGCAGGAGGUUCUGCUUGCCUUUCUUUCUGAAAAUCAAGCUGGUGGAAUGGAAAUAAACUUCCAUCAUAAAUUGAAAACACCGUGUACAUGGAGUUUGGAAACCAGCUUGUAACUAUAACUUCAGCUGCUAAAACAGACCUGAAUUAAUACGCUGGAAAUAAUGUACUUGGUGGGUACUUAAAGUGUACAGAAAUAGCUUUGCUUCCAGGGAGUGGAUUGAAGUAUAGAGGCGUUAGAUGUAGCCCAAGAAUCCCUGCUCUUGGAGCCUCGUGAUCCGGUUAGAAUGUGUUUUAUUCUCUGUGUUGCAGGAAGUAAGGGGUAGUAAAUUGACUUUUUAUGAGAUUCUAAACAAGGUAUGGCUUGUCAUAGGAGUGAUACAGUACACAGUUCUGCUGUAGAACUUUCUUGUGAUGCCUCAUUAGCUUUUGAACUGCUAAGUUAAGAUUUUAAUUACUGAAGUGCUGUGUCUGAAGGUUGCUAAUGUUAAUGUUCCAUGAGCUUAUAAAUGUUUGCUGUGAAUUCUAAUUCUGAUCUGUCACUUCUAAACUGGUGUUCAUCCCUACCCAGCAAAGUCAAUGGUCAGUAAGUCUUGUAUAAGCACUACUUCUGGCUCUAAAGGCUGAACACUUCGUUCAUCUAGCCUGUUCUGCUGACUGUUGCUUGAGCCUGUGUUGGCAUAGGACGUAAAAACUAAACACUACUGACUCAAUUUGAGCAAAUCCUAAAUAACCAUGGUUAUUUCAGUCUUGCUAACUAUAUCAGACAACUUCAGUGAUCAGUACUGUAGGCCUUUUGCAUACUAUGGUCUGCACUGGGUCAUUCUAUCAAUAUGGAGAGAACAGUAAAGUGAAAUUCUUACCUACUCAGUUCUCUGUGUUCUCAGAGAGGAAAACGUUCUACAUCAGAUAGUAGAAAUCUUUUUUACAGGCUAAAUUUUUUUUAGUUAGUGGAGAAGUUAACUAGUACGAAUGUUUUAAAGUAUCAUCUCGUUGAUUAUCUUCUAGAAGAAGCACAAUUUUUAAAAGUUCACUUCUUGGCUAGCAUGUUCUUCUAGCGUGGAAGAAAAUAUGCCUUGAACCAAGCACCUCUUGCAUCUCACCACUUCAUGACAUUUCAAUUCCUAUUUUCCCCCCUACCAACCCUAAGAUACUUCAGGAUGCUUCACCAAAUGGCCUUUGGCUUCUUUUCACCAGCAAACCCUUCUCAUGCCCAGGAAAACAUGAUAAAGGAAACUGGCAACUAAAGUGAUAAGUCAUGCAUGAUAAAGCAAAAUAAAUGAAUUUACUGAAACCGUAAUCAUGUUCCAGGGAAAAGGUUUGAGUGCUCCCAUGGUAAGUUAUCAGUUUCAGUUCUCUCUUUCCAAAAUCUCUAGACUGAAGGAAGAAGAGCAAAUGGAAAAAUAAGAGAUGAAGGGUACUAGUGGACGGAGUUGUGAAGCGUUGCUUUUGCUAAGGUCAUCUCUUUCCCAACUUGCUUUGCUGAGACACAGGGUGGCCUUCAGAGCCUUUCUCCAGCAUAUGUACUUCACUGUGUGGGAUUCAUGAUGGACAGCACAGGAGCCAGUCUCUGAGGCUCCCCAGCUUGAGGGCAACCAGAAUCCCUUGUUAAUGAUAUAGAUCAAUCAAGCCACCUCUGGCUGGAAGUAAAGCGUAGGAACAGGAUAGGCUGGGAUAUGAGCAUUUUGGGGGGGUAUCUCUGCAAAAGCUGCAGGGAUAUGUGCAUUUUGGGGGGGUAUCUCUGCAAAAGCUGCAGUGUAUCUUUAUACUUUCCAGCUUUUAAACCUAUUAGUCUCUUCUGCCCCAGCUUAAUGACUUUCUACACUCCCACUAAAGCCCAGAAAAGAAGAAGAAAAGGUGGUGUGGAAGCAAUAGGGUCCCUCAAGGCACAGGAGGCGAUGGCAAAGUCACCUCCUAUUUCUGCCAGUACUGCACUGGAAAAGUCCCCAACAGACUGGACAAGUUUCUACCCACCAUGGCAUUCUUCACCAUUUUAACACUGAGAUAGAAAAGAUUGCUGUAAAAUAAAGAAGACAUUAAAUGGAUCAGAAGCACAAGAAUAAUAUCAAGAUAGCUGAAGCAACUGCUAAAGAAGGGCUGGACUCAUGGAAGAGGAAGAAAACCCGGAGUAUUUAAAUAAAUGGUUUUGGAUUGAAAUCUGGACCCCGCUAAGUGGGACAUCAAUGAUAAACAGGUGGGAUUCGUUUAGUAAAAUAACUACAUUACUUUAGACUGGCUUCUCAAUUUGAAAUACUGAAGAGCAGGACAGAACACAUUGUCAUCAAAACUGAGGCAAGUACCACCUAUAAACUGAUUUAUUGCUGUAACUGUCCACCUUUGUCCACUUGUUUCUGUGAAUCAUAUGGCAGCAAAAUUGCAGAUGAUGCCUUGUAGCACCCCAUAUUCCUCAUGCAAGACCGGACAGCAGAAAUACACCGAUACGAUGUGCUGCAAUGUCAUUUAUUAGUUUGUCAGUAACAGGCUAUAUACUUUUCUCAUCACCCACUAACUUGUUACAGUUACUGAUUAAUGAUAUUAUUCAUAAUUGUUGUGCAAAUUUAUGGCCUCAGCAAAGUCCAUUGUGAACAACCAGUCCACUGUCCAUUCUUUGCAGUCUUGUGAUUAUCGUUCUGCGUCUCUGCUCGAUACACUGUCUCUUUCUGCUACCCAGACUGUCCUUUUCUUGAGGCGCCACAUAAUUGCUCUUGGUCCCGUACACUUCACUUUCCCAGCACGUACACUUCACUUUCCCAGGGACAUCUUCGUAUGCUCACAAUCACGAAUGCUUCAGAUGCCUUGCAUCAAUACAGCAUCCUUUCCCACAAUGCCUAGCUGCUGGAGAGGGCUCCCAACUCAUUCAUGUGCAAUUGGGAGUUCCACCAUCCCAGUGCUUGCAGAGCAGCAAGUUUGAACAACACUGACAGCAUUCAUUUAAACCAUUCCUCCACUGCAAAUCAAACCUACCCCUGAGGACCAGGCACAGACUAGGUUUGCUCAGUAUGGAGACACCUGCUAAAGCUCCUCCUUGCUGUGGCAAUUGUCUCUGUAAGAGUCCAAAACAGAUCAAUCAUGGAGGAUGCUUGUCCAGAAAUACUAGAAUUAAAUGCAGCACUUGAAAACCAUCUUUACUGGUCCAUCACUGCUGGAGCUCUGUGUGACUGUGUGCCCACGAACACACAAAAACCAAAGCCAUUGACCCUGGUUUUUCUGCACAAAAGGAAUGAGAACAGGUCUCUGGGUGAUAUCCUCUUGCUUCUGUAGCAGGUGCUACUACUAGCAAAGUGACAUCAGGCAUCCUUGUUUAUUAUAAAAAUGUUGUUACUGUUUAUGGGUGGGGUAAAGCUUUAAGUUUCCUCUCUUAAUCUAGUUGAGAAUUUACUAAUUAGAUCUUAUAACUGAUGAGUUCCUGUUUCCCACUGAAAUGUAAAACAUGCAAUUAUGAAUUGGCAAUAUCUACUUAGAAUAUUUUAUGAAUUAUCCUUAUACUGAAAGAGUCUCUGGUCCCUGUUGAGUACUGUAAGCUAACAACAUGGAGAGAUUUGUCUGGGCUUCAGCGGAAUUCAUUUGUGAUCAUUAUUUCUCACAGUCCUCUUACCAUCUUGGUUGAUGAAUGUGCUGAGAAAUCACAAAAAUGAAGUUUGAACACAAACUAUAUCCAUCUUUCGGAGGACAGAAACAGAAUCAAUCGACUGCCUCCAGUGUAGCACCACGUGCUUGACUCAGGCUUCCCCCAGUUUUGCUGCAGUGAAAACAUCUUUGUACAAUCCAGUAGCAUCUGACUUACAGUUAGGUAAGGCGAGCAGGUUUGCAGACCAGCAGUGGAAGAGCUGACAAUAAAACUUAGGGACCCUUUGGUACGUGAGGUCAGACAGCAAAGAAUGUUAGUACUUUAAAGUUAUUCUGCCUUCAGGUGUUCAUUUUAACAUUUGUCUUGUUGACAUAUAGUGUGGUACAUAAGCCCACGUAAUGACAACACAUGCCACUUCUUAGAAGUACUUGUUACAAAUGAAAGGAUAAUAUGGAUAAUAUAAUGCACUGGUCUUCCAGAAGGACUGGAACAGACGAAGCUUGUAUGUGGGGGAAAAUAUGUUCCUUCAUUCUAAUUCUGUACCAUUCUCAGAGCUGUUCUCCAAAUGCAACCCAAACACACAGAAUAAUUAUACAAAGCGCUAAGCCUCAGUGUUCAUCCUAACAGCUGCCGCCCUGCUUUCCACCAAGGAAACAAUGUUACUGUUUUCUAUCAUUGUAAAUCAGAGGGUGCCUAAAUACCAGUCACUCUGAUAACUCAGAAAACAGCCCCCCCACCCCAUGAUCUUGAACUUGCUUCUGGUUUCUGCACCACCACCUAUACAAGUGUUUCUGCAAGCAACAAUUCUGAACAGUGACACAGUCUGGAAAGCUGGGUUUUAUUUUAACUCAGAAGCUGAGGGAAAAAAUAAUCUUUCUACUGAUUUGAGAUAUGGGAUAAUAUGACCCUCCAUACCUCUAUUGAGAUAAUGGCUAGCAGUGGACUCACUAGCACUGACAGCUCACGCAGAUCCCCAGCAGCUGUGAGCAGCCAAUUAACCCCUCGUUAAGUGUUUCUAGCACACACCAACCUGGCAAUCCGUACCGCACUUGGGACUGCAGGGACGGAAUGGCAGUUAGGUGAGUCCCCAGUUAGCUAAUGCGCUUCACUGAGGAAAGAACACGCAACGGUUGCCAUCUGGCUGUAUUUGCAGUAUGAGCUGUGAACAAACUCGAGAGGCUACCUUGUGAAGCUGGUGUUGUGACCCAAGUAGUAAUUAAACGCUAUAAAUAAAGCUAUUAUUACACGUCUGAUAGAUAAAGAUCUGGAAGGUAGUCAUUUGGCAGCUGUGAAUUCUUGCCCAAUUGGCAACGCAAACACUUUUUUUUUAAGAGAGCUGUUCAUUUUAGAUUAACUCUUAUUUAGAGCCACAGUGCCAUCUAGAGACCGCACAGGGCCUUUGACCAGCUUUCAGACCUGGUUAAGGCUCAGCUGGGAAGUACUUUGUUUUUCUGAUCUUGGUAAGAAUUGUGGUGGGAAGUGCGUCUGCUUGGUGUUAGCCAACACACUGCUUUCAAUCUAAGUGAAUGUCUGGGGAGCACUACUUCUGCCCUGUGCUGUAACCUGCCGGGAACAAAGGGUUGGCAAAAGCCAUUUAGCAGAAGGAUUGAGCAAUGGAGAGAAGUAAUGCAUUUUAAUUUUUAAUUAAACUCAAGUGAUUUAAUUUCCAUUCAAGCAGCCAGUCUGAAUUUUCCUGAGAUGUGAACAGUGAGCCAAGAGCUGCCCGUAUAAACAUCCCCCUGUAGCUAUGACAGGCAGCUUGGGAUGCAGGUGCCUGUGGCAAAGACACAGCACCAGGAGCGGGGCCGUAGGUCCCUACAGGUUUGGUAUUGCCAUAGUUUGUUCAGUUCAGUCAGGCAUCCAAAAACCAUUGUUACAUGCUCUUGUUUCUAUUGGAGAACAUACAAUCUUUUCACUUACUCCUCAAAAGGGCAGUCAGGACACACAGAGGUGCUGCCACUUGUGCUAAAGCCUCAUAUCACUGGUGCUUUGAAGAAGAAGGGAGAGGAGGACUUAGAGUCUUGGGGUGCUUUAUAAAUUGUUUAAGGACAUCGAACACCUCUGCUGUACUGGCAGCCCUGCUCUAUCAGCCCUUCUCAGGCUCUGUAAAGCUAUCUCAAAAUGGAGAUGACCAUACCCCCCAGUUUCUUAAUACUAAGUGCUUGACAGUGUAUGUGUCAUCCUUGGAUACCAUGCAAGUACGAACUCUUUCUUUUUAACAGAGUGUAAAUGGAGGCUGGAUAUCUCAAUAACAAUAAAUACUGUGUGUGUCCUGCAGAAGAAUUGCUGGCAGGCACUGGUCUAUUCUGGACCCCCAUGCCUCUCACAGGUAGAUCUCUGUGUCCUUUUGAAGAAAUUGCUCUUCCCCUAGCAGAAGGAGACUCUGCUUUUUGUCGCUCCCAUGAUGACUGCAUGAGGGUGCUCAGCUGUCAUAUGCUGAUUUCACUGUUGCUUUUGUCUAGUGGAAGGACUUUGCCUUCUGAAGGUGAAGAAGGAAUGCUGCACUGAACAAAAUGACCACUAUAGCUAAUGCAGGAUAGUUCAGUAGGAACAGGAACUGUACGUAUGUGCAUCCAGGAUCUACCAGGUGAUCACCAUGUAAAGUAAGUCUUGAUAUUUCCCGAGUCAGCUGGUGGUGUCUACAUUUCCAAUGGUAAGGAAAAAGAGAUGGGACAACCCAUUUCUUACAUUGAUGGUUCCUUCUUAGUUUUUAUAUAUAAUUUAGUCCUAACUUAAAACAAUUAACUGGAGGAAUUUAGUAAUGUUAUCCAGAAAUCUGUUUUCAUUCCUGCUAUGAAAGGAACUUCUUGUAUGUUUUGAGAGUUUAAAGUCUUUAACAUUUGAGGUGCCUUCUAAAGCUAUUUAAGCAGUCAAAAUCUACCACCUGUUUGCCCAAUAUUAAAUGUAAACAUAGCAAAUUUUUCCGUAACAACUCAAGUGAGCUGUUAUUUUACAAGAACUUCAGGAAAUCUGCAGAGCUCCUUUAAUUUUGACGGGGCAAUUUGUUGAAUCACUUUGACAUGACAAAUCAGUGUGACAGACCUUCCUUAUUUUUCAACAGUCAAGAAGUAACCCUAAGCUAAUGCACAAGACCCAGUAUGUAGUAAAGUGUGGGAGCUGUGAAGCAGAGGGCUUUAACUGGCCUCCCUUGGAGAGCCCACAGCAAACCAGAUCUAUUUGAUAGCUUGCUGAUAGCUUUGUUAAAAAUUGCUCGACUUUGGCGCUAAUGAUCUUCAAAUUCACAGAGAACCUGACGGUAAAAGCUGGUUUUGCUGUAAAAGUGUGUGUCCCACCUGCACAGUUUCAUAGCCUCAUUCGUGGCUCCCAGGGAGCACCCUCAUAAGUGGUGUCAUCUGCUGUAUUGGGGGCUGCGUUUGGUGCCCCUGUAAUCUGUAAUUGGAAGGUCUCCGUACUGCAGCUUGUUUUUCUCCUUGUCCUAAUUACGGUUGCAGAGCAUAUGGUGUCUUUUUGGUUGUGGUUGGUAGUUGGGUUGGGUUUUUUUGUUUGUUUUUUUGGUGUGUACCUUAAGUGAUGUCUUAUGGGGAGUUUUUUCACAGGUGAGAAAACAGGCUUUUGUGAAUUCAUAUCUAGUGGAUGUCUUCUCUAGAAUACAUAGCUGAGGCAGUGAGCAUCAAGUUGGAUGGAUGGACUUGAGAAAACAAAACAGUGGGAGCUUGCCAUGCUUCUAGGGCUGGCGUGUCGGGCUGUAAGAACUAGGAGCUGGGACACUGGGAAACUGCAUGGUAAGGUUAGUUUUGCACUUUUUAAGGCAAGCCCAUCUGCAUAUACAGAUUAGAGCAGUCUUUAUGUGAUCACAUAUUCAUCUCACUCUCCAUUACAGGAGUUAAGUGAGCUUUGUUGACAUACUGCUGGAUUUCCAACACAAAAAUGGCAGUGCUCAUGCCACUGAUUUUCAUUACUCCUUCCUUCUUCAUGAUUAACUUAACCAAUGCAAUAGAGCUAUUUUCAGAGGCACCAAGUCAGAGAAUCAUUUCACACAGCUUUUCAUGCUGUGAGAUGGAGCAUUUGGGUUUGAAUAUGAAUUUGAUAGCAACAACAGCAGUGGUAGGAGGUUUUAUCUGUCAAAGAGUCAAAAUGAACCAGAACGGAGAACUCCAUCAGCAAAGGUUAGUGAGUUACAGCUGUGCUGCUUCACUUUAAGUCCUUUUUUCCUCCCUGCUACAUUCCUAACUGCUACAUUCCUGUCUACAGUUCAUACUGUUCUAAUGAAUUACCUGUUGUAUGUCAAUGCUUGCUUAUGUAUCUCUUUGAAAGAGAGGAUUAAACGGUCUUUUACAUAUUUUUCCCUUUAUAUCAUUCUUUUCAGCCCUUAUGGAAGGUUUGGGUUUUGUUUCACUUUCCUUCUCUCCUCCCUCUUCCCCUGUGGUUUACCUCAUCUGCUGACCUUUUGUAGGGUAGCAAGGUUGCAACAUCGUCUUCAAGUACUGUGACGUUCUUCCCAUAUGAUUAGUCCCCCCAGUUUUAAGGACUCAUCCUGUGACCUCACUUGGGAUUCCUAAUAAGUCCUCCUCAUUUUGUCUCCCUUCUACCUUGCAAUUUUCUCUGUUAAAACUGUUCUUGCUAAAGUUUUUAAGAACAGGGCGGUGACCUGACAGACUCUUUCAAUGCCCUAAAGCACACUGCUCCUGAAGGCUUCUUGUCCUUUGGCUCCACCGACUCCAGGUAUCCUGGGUUUCUUUUAGCUCAUCAAGACUCUUCUGUAGCACCCCCCUUGAUGGUUUCUCUUCCUCUCUUUCUAGCUUUUUUUUUUUUUUUUGAGGAAUCCCAGUAAAUUCUGAAUGAUAUUUUUUCUCAGCUUCUUUUUCCUGUGGUCACAAAUACAAGUUGUUGACAAGUUGCUGAUGUAUCCUAAUAGUUAAAAAGCUUCUGUUAAAAUCAAAGCCGGCAGGCAGCUGAACACCACACAGCCCUUUGUUCACUCCUCCUCCUCCCAGUGGGAUGGGGGAGAGAACUAGGGGGGAGGGAGAAAUAUGUAGAACUCAUAGGUUGAGAUGAAAGCUAUUUACUGAGACAGAAAAGAAAGGAAGAAAUAAUAGUAAUUUUAAUAAUAUACAAAACAAGUAAUGCCCAAAGCAAAACCACAGAUUGAUAUAGACAUCAUGCUACAGUUAUGAAUUUUGCCAAAUUAAAUGUAAUUCCUUUCUCUGAUGGUUAUUUCUCUUAAAAGCCCUUUCUGGUUCAGUUUGUACAGUAACAUAAUUGCUUACUGACACAGGCCAAGAGCUCAGAUUUUCAGGAAAACAUCUAGAAGUCAGCUUUCUUUCUGUUUCCACAACUUGUCUUUUCCACUACCUGGUCAAAUUACACUGCACCCUUGCGCUUCAUGCUUUAUUCACAACUUUAGCCAUUUUCAACCACAUUGGCUUUGCUUUUAGCUUCUUCUGAUCACAGCUUUCAAUUUAACUUUGAUCUCUGCCCCAUAAUUAUUCAUUGAAAAUGUAAUUUUUUCAUGUUGUUAAGCAACUUAGUUUUUCCUUGGCUUUACUUUUCUUACCAAAGGUAUAAGAGCUUUUCUGUGUUAGAGCUGCAGCCUGUGUAGGUGGCAAGGCCAGAAUGCUAAACGUGCUUGCUAAGCUGAGAUGUUAUCAUGAAAAUACCUCACUAUAUUUUACAGAAACUGAAGGAAAAUACUAAAAAUAGGUAAAAGCAGUAAUAUGGCAGGAAACAAAUUGGAGUUUCAGCCAAGCAGUGCUUAGCAUGCUGCAAAAAAAAAAAAAAAAAAAAACUGUUGCAGGUCUAGUUUCAGUAAUGUCUAUUUUCUUUUGUAGUCAAAGGUCUUUGUUCAGUCAGAGGCAUAACAUCUUAUAGAAGUGCUAGCCAAGGUGGUGUCCAGUUACAACAACGAGAACAAUUGCAAGGUUAGAAAAAAGAACCUGUGGGGAAAGACUGCAGGAAAUGGUUGCAUUUUCAUAAGAAUAUAGAAGACUGACUAGAGUAUGUGUUUUGAUGUAUAGGAGAUAGAGACAAUCUAGCCUUUUUUCCAUGUGAAGGUGAAAGCAAGAAAAAGUACUUAGCAUUUUUUUCUUUUCUCUAACAUGUAAAAGGUCAGUUAAUUGCUGCAGGAGGCUAUCCUAGAAGCAUUCCUUCCUUCAAUGAAUAAUGGGGAAAAAAAAAAAAAAGAUCUAGUCCUGCUUUGGGAUAGAGAAAAAUGAUUUUAAGAGCAGGUUCACACCAGACACAGCUUGAUUUGGUGUUGCUACAAAUGUGAGUGAUAAUGCCCAAAGGCUUAUUCUGGUGUGACUGCCUCCAUUGCACAAGCCCUGCUGCAGCUUAGAAGGAUCCAGCCAGUGCACUGUGCCUCCCUUGUUCCUUUCCCUGCCCUCCAAAUAGGCAAUUUUGCACCAUGGAUUCCUUAGCACAUUGAUUUGGGGUAUCACUGCUGUUACCUUCCUACAUCUUUUGUCACAACUUACACAGAACUUGCAGCAGCUAUCAGUCUCUUUCUCCUGUCACAAACUAUCCUACCGUGAUCUAGAGUGGUUUCAGGCUUUAUCACCACUCUACAAGCAUGGACAACUUGAGAAGUGGCUGCAUCUGAGGAGCAGGAACAGUCUCACUCACUAUAGCUUACGGUAGCUGACAGGAAGAGCUCCCUCCACCAACCUGAAGCCUGGGCUCCUGCCUGGAUGCCCCAGAAUUGUGCCAUGCAGUACCUUGAAUUCACUGAUGAAGACUGCUUCUUGCCAUCAUGUAGGCAACACUCUUUCAGUUUUCUUCACUUUCAGAUGAGGCCCUCUUAGACGUUAAGCAGUCUAGAAUUUUUUUGUUAGUGAAGAGUUGUGAAGAAACCCAAAUGUUGCCCUUCUUGGCCCAUAAUGUGAAAUACGUCCAGAUUUCAUCAAAGUUAAUACCAUUAGCUCCUGUUUCUGGCCACUCCUUGGACUUUUCAGAGUGGGCAACCUGGAUAUGUGGGGUUGUAUAAGACAAAAAUACUUGGUCUGAAUUUAUGGGUGAAUUUCGCCCAUGGAGGUAUGUCAUUAUAUGAUUCAAACAUAGACAGUAAAAACUAAGUGUCACAUGCUGGAGAUCAUGGUGAGGCUCGUGACACAGCUCUGAUGUGGCUAACAAGGACAUAUCUCACCACCUUCCUGGUAUUUACGCAUCUGUCAAUAGGUAUCUCCAUCUGUGACCUGAAAGUCCUGUUAUGUCUUUGCUAGUGUCUUGCAUUUUUGCCAGGAACUCACGCACCAGUGCCAGAGUAAAAUAUAAACACAUCUAUGCACUCGAGGAGCGGUGAGGAUUCUGUCUGACCAGUGACUUAUGUGGGUGGUUUAGUGAUAGACUAGAUUAUAUUUAUGGCAUCUCUCCUCUUCUGUUGUAUAUUUCUGUGGUUUCUGCUUUUAAACCAAACUCCUCAGAUUCACUUGAGUACUGCAGAUAGGCAAAGUAAAAGGAUCGUUUCAAUCCCUAGGUGACCCUCUUCUGUUGAACCCUGUUGGGAAGCUGCAGGAACGAGUUGCCUUGAUGUGUUCUUUAAAUUUUGAACUCUGUUCGAGUUGUGCUUGCAUUGUGCACACUGAACCAUCGUUUCACAGUGAGAAUUUCUGUCUGGGAUCAUUACUUGUUGUUUGAACAAAGAACUGGAAACCCUAAAAGGAAUUGAAAAUCUACCACUGCACAACUCUUCCCUCAUUUUCUCAUGAUGUUUUCUAAGAAUUGCUCUGAAAGACAAGAUACCUUGUUUUUGUAUGUCCAUGGAGUUCCCAUUUUUUCAUGGAAAGAUAUCAAAAAAAGCCUGUGAAGAACUGCUGUGCAAGAAAGGAAAGGAUGGUAGCUAUUUAAUACGAGAGAGUGAAAGCGUGGCAGGAGCCUUGUGUCUGUGUGUUUUCUUUGAACAAGUCGUCUACACUUACCGUAUCUUCAGGGAAUACAGAGGAUAUUAUAAAAUACAGACUACUGAAGGUGUUCCAGAAAAGGUCUUCAGAACGUUAAAGGAUUUAAUAUAUAACUAUGAAAAGUCAGAUCAAGGGCUAGUAACAAAGCUUCGCUACCCAGUCAAGAAAACAAACUCCUCAAGAAGAAGCCAGAAGCUGAAGUUAGGAGAUGAUGACAUUUACAAUGAAAUGGAUGAAAGUGAUUAUGUUGAUGUCUUAUCUUGAACAAUCUGCAGCCUGAUGAAUUGGAAAGACACCAUUUGACAGCACAACAACUGAAGAAAGUUAACAGUUGGAUAUUCAAAGCUAUGUAUCUAUACCUCUGGAAUUAGUGCCUUCUGUACAUUAACAGAGCAACUGUAUUUUGCCCCAGUAGAUCUAGCACAAACUACUAUGUAUUUCUUUUGUGCAUCAUUAAGAGAAUUAGUUUUUCUGACAUAUGGAUAAUUAUAUGGGGGAAAGGGUAUGUGUGUUUGUUUGCUUGUGUCUGUAUGUGUAUUUUGUUGGUUUUUUUAGCAAACUUUCCAAGAUGCCUACUGCUGAAAUAAACAAUCUGUUAUCUUAUAAAAAAUCUUAUAUCUAAAUAUAGCUGUCAAGUAGAUGGGGCUAUGCCACGGAUUUUCCAGGGAUUUAGAGCUGAAUGCUACACGGUGCGGGAAGCAUGACAAUCUCAAUAUGAGUAAGCAAGCUUAACUUUAAUGCAGUACUUCAUAGCAUAUAUAGAGACAGCGUUACACUUGGCAAAACAUCAUUGGUGGGGCAACCCCGGCCCUGUGACUGGACAGCGGAUAUCAUCACAUAGGCAUUCUUGCAGUUAGAUAGUGGUUAGCAGUCCCGUAAAGCACAACCUGGAGGCGUAGCUCUAUGACCUUGCAACACAGCAGCUGUUCCUCAUCUCAGGCCUCCAAGGACGCUCCAGAGAUCACUCGAGCAUGUUCUAAUAAAUACGCCCACUGUCCAUCAAAUACUUCCCACAGGGCUAGGCUCUUUUCAGUGGUGUCCAGCAACAGAACAAGGGGCAAUGGGCACAAACUGGAACACAGGAACUUCCAUCUGAACAUAAGGAAGAACUUCUUUACUUUGAGGAUGACAGAGUACUGGCAUAGGCUGCCCAGAGAGGCUGUGGAGUCUCCUUCUCUGGAGAAGGACCUGCUUCAAGACCUGCUUCAAGACCCCAUUCAAGACCUGCUUGGAUGCUUUCUUGUGCAACCUGCUGUAGAGGACUGCUUUAGCUUAGCGGGGGUUUGGACUCAUGGGUGUCCAACCUUUUGGCCUGCCUGGGCCACACUGAGUGAAGAGGAAUUGUCUAGGGCCACAUGUAGAAUAUAUAAUAUAGUUAAUGUAUAUGAGUAACGAAAUGUAUUUUGUUCUAUUUUUUUAUAAAAAUAUAAGAAAAAAGAGGACAACAAAAUCAGAAACCUAGUAGGUCAGAUAUAUAUAGACUGGAUAAUCUCCAGACAUCCCUUCCAACCUCUAUGACUGUGAUUUUGUGAAUCUGUUAGAAAGGAGCACUGUGAAUAUAGUAAAUGAAUGUUCAUAAAGCAGUAGCUUAUGGCAGAACUGAUAUCUGUUGAUAAAAAAGAUACACAAUAAAAAUUCCAUUGGCAUCAUUUGAUGCUUAAAACUUCUAAA